AUGCGUCUGUCUGUUGGUGCCGUGAUCGCCCUGGUGACAGGGCAGGUCGUUGCCAGCUGCCCCUACGCCGACAAGCAGCUCAAGGACAGAGAGGCAUGCCCCUACGCCAAGCUGGCCGAGGCACGAAACGUGCCUUCCCAUCCUCAUGGCCCCAGGUCUCACCUCGUGAAGCCGCGUGAGCCUAUCGCUGGCAAGAAUGGCAUCUUCUACAUGAACCGCAUUGCCCCCUCGGGCUCGGCCGUCUUCGUCGCCAACGCUGACGGCAGCAACGCCGUCCAGCUCAAUAGCAACCAGACUAACCCGUUCGACUACCACGCCAGCUGGUCCCCUGAUGGCGAGUGGAUCGUCUUUACCACUGAGCGUCGUCUGGACGGCCAGGCUGAUGUCUACCGAGUCAAGCCAGACGGCACUGGACUGGAGAUCCUCGUCGAGACGGAUGCGCACGACGACGCUGGUGUGCUCUCCCCAGACGGGACAAAGUUGGCUUAUGUCUCGACGUAUGGCAACCACACGGCCAACAUCUGGGUCCAGGACCUGACCACCGGCACGUCCUACAACCUAACUGACACGGCGCUCACCCGCCCGACCAACCAGGUCGGACCGACAGGCCACUUCCGGCCCUCGUGGUCCCCCGAUGGCGAGUGGAUUGCCUUCAGCUCCGAUCGCGACACGGACUGGACGGGUCACAGCAGCGGUAUAGGCUGGGAGCACACGCAGACUCUCUCCAUCUAUGUGAUCAGGCCUAACGGCACCGACUUCCGCAAGGUCCUCAGCGUCGACGACUACUCUGUGGGCCAGCCGCGAUGGUCGCCCGACGGCUCGACCAUCGUCUUCAAUAUCAUAGCGAGAGAGGACACGUACGCCGCCCACGGCAUCUCGUCCCAGAACUCGGGCAUAACAGGCCAGAUCGCUAGCGUGGACGUCGCGACGGGUACUAACAUCGUGAAUAUUACCACGGGAGACUACCAGAAAGUCGGCCAGCAGUACAUUGGCAACAGCACCAACAUUGGCUACGUCGUCAAGAAUGGCGAAUACGGCAUCGUGCAGUACACAGCUCCCGACUCGACCCACCAGUCCUUCAACGUCACCUACCUCCGCAACCCGUCCUGGUCGCCCGACGGAACUCAGAUCGUCUACGAGGUGCUGUACUGGGAGCAGCGCCAGGCCGAGGAGGAGCUCUAUUCCUUCGACUCGGAGUGGGAGUACCGCUUCAUGGACGUCUUCCCCCAGCAUAACAACGCAACCAACCGCAUGGCCAUCACGCAGAAGCAGCUGGGCGGCGCCAACUCCUCCGUCAUUACUAGUGGCCCCGAGUACACCGACCUGGUCGACUCGCUGGACACCUACCAGAUCUGGAACAUCAGUGAACCCAGCCAGGUGGAAACCGUGGAGGAGGGCGGUGGCGGCUGCUUCCAGCCCACCUUCUAUCCCGACGGCAGCAAGCUCGCGGUCGGCCUGGGCACAUGGUUCGCAGGGCGUACCCAAGGAAACGGCGUCCUGUACGAGUUCCCCGCGUCCGGCGGCGAGUACACCGCCCUGACGGAUGGCACGCAGAACGCAGGGUUCCCGUCCUAUUCGCCUGACGGCACCAAGCUGGUGUACCGCCUCUGGGACCUGGACAGCGGCGUGCCCCUGGGCCUGCGCGUCCUCGACCUGACCACCAACGUGACGACCAACCUGACCUGGGGCUGGGACAACACCCCUGGUUGGUCGCCCGACGGAGAGCGCAUCGUCUUCACCCGCAACGUGAACUGGACCGAGUCGUACGGCGCGCGCUGGUACGCGGAUCGCUUCGACGUCAUGACCAUCAAGCCUGAUGGCACCGAGCUGACCCGCGUCACCGACUCCGACGCCAACGAUGCCCACGCCGUCUGGAACUAUGAUGGCCGCAUCAUGUGGAACAGCGGCAUGUACGGCUUCCGCGACGAGUGCGCCCAGUACGACAACACGUUCCAGCCGUACGGCCAGAUCAUGAUCAUGAACUACGACGGGUCCAACAAGACCUUGCUGACAAACUCCAUGUGGGAAGACUCCAUGCCCCUGUUUGUACCGAAUGAGUACCUGUAA